CAGGCGGUACCAGCAACUAGUGACCACAGAUUACCAUUUGCAGCCCUAAAUUAUGUUGCGGUCUAAUAUACAUUGUCAAGUCUUCUGAAGCCAUUUGAUAUAUUAAAGUGGUCUAUCCUUUUCAAUUUCUCAUUUUUAAUAAUAAUCAUCAAGUGGGAAUCAAUUAGAUUUUCCAAAUAGAAUAAGUAAAUAUAGAUAAACAAUCAAAAACGUUGAAAAGAAAAAUAAUGUUUCGAAUUCGGAAAAAAACAUUUAUAAUUUUUUACUUAAACCUCUUUAUCAUAUAUUAUAUAUAUAUAUGUUAUCAAAUAAAUAGUUUAUGAUAUGUAUACAUAUAAUUUGUUUGUAAAUCAGUAUGAAAAUCCAACCUUCGUUAAAUUAAUAUUUGCAAUUAGCCUUAUUUUUUUGUAGGAAUAUUACGUCAAAUAGAUAACUUGUGCAGCCCUAAGCUGUGUUACGGACUGGAAUACAUUGUAUUCAAACACAUUGUCAAGUCUCUCUGACCUACUUGAAUUUGUAAAAACGUGGAAAUUAAAUUUUCGCUGUACCUUGGCAGGACAAUUUAGAUGAGGUGGUACCAGCAAACUGAUCACAGAAAAACUAUAAAUAGAGGCAUCUGAUACACAAACUUUCAUUCAUCAAUACACACUAAUUUAGAUCGAAACUUGAGAUAUAAAAUGGCGAAUUUCUCCGGUUUACACAUUCUCUUCUUCUCCUUCAUCAUAGCUACAUGUGCAAUUUCCGUCGUCUCCGGUACAGUGUUUACCAUAGUGAACCGCUGCAGCUUCCCCGUUUGGCCUGGAAUCCUCACCGGAGACAACGGUGUACAACUCAACGGCGGUGGAUUCGCCUUAACCCCAGGAGCUUCUGUCGACGUAGCCGCUCCUGCAGGCUGGUCCGGCAGGAUCUGGGGCCGAACCGGCUGCAAUUUCGACGCGUUCGGCAGUGGGAGUUGCCUCACCGGAGACUGCGGUAACAAAUUACAAUGCUCCGGUGCAGGAGGAGUUUCACCGGCUACACUCGCCGAAUUCACAAUCGGUCAUGGCGGCGCGAUGGAUUUUUACGACGUAAGCCUGGUCGAUGGUUACAACGUCCAGAUGGAAAUCAAGACGCGAGGCGGCUCAGGCGAUUGCCAAAACGUGGGAUGCGUUUCAGACCUGAACAGGAUUUGUCCCAACGAGCUAAGCGUUCCUAACGGGGGAAGUGUUGUGGCGUGUAAGAGCGCCUGCGAGGCAUUUGGAACACCGCAGUAUUGUUGCACCGGUGCAUUCGAUAAGCCGGAGACUUGUCCGCCCACGGAUUACUCGAGGAUCUUUAAAGCAGCUUGCCCCAAAGCGUAUAGCUACGCAUACGACGAUGCUACAAGCACUUUUACUUGUGCCAAUGCUAAUUACUCCAUCAUUUUCUGUCCCACUAUAUAGUUCCCAUUAUCAAUAUUUAUCAACGACGAUUGGUAAUUAUAAUAAUUAUGUGUAAUCGCUGAAAGAAAUAAAAAAGUUUUGCGGAAUGAGAUAAAUUCCGCAAACCAUAACGAAUAAACUACUUGUGAUUUUACUCAAUAAAUACAAAUAUUUUUUGAACU